GCUCAGCGCGCCGUUUUUUGGCUUGUCAACUGAAACCACGCAACAAUUUUCACUCGUAUUAAUCUUGAUAAAUGUGAUUAGUUUCCUAAUGUUUCUUUCUGGAGAGUAUAAUAUUCAACGCGCCGUUCGAAAUAAAACUUAUUAAUGGUGAAGUGCUAUUGUAAUCUGUAUUAAAUAUCGUUUUCCCAUCGAAGUGACCCGCGAACUCUUAACAUGCCUCUAUUGAAAAGGAAAGCCUUCGAGAAAUCGACGGCGUCGGAGUACCUUAGGGACGAUGAUGAGGUAUUCCACUGUGAGAUAACCGAUGAGAUAUUCAAAGACUAUGAGGAAUACUGUGAGAGAAUCAUUUUGGUGAACUCCAUGGUAUGGUCAUGUGAGAUGACAGGAAAAAAUAACUUGACAUAUGCAGAAGCUCUUGAAAGUGAGAAAGCUGCACGGAGGCAACUCAAAGAUUUCCCUAUGGAGCUCCGUAUACCAAUAUUGUAUCUGGCAGGUCGAACCAAUAGAUCAUCUUUUGCUGAAAUGUCAGAAGACAUAUUCAAUUAUGUAAGAGAAAGAUAUUUUGUUGGAGAGACGGUGGAAGCCUGCCUGGAAGGAGAUUCUUGGUGGGAGGCUCAUGUACUCUCUGUGACUGCACAAAAACAGCAGCCGGGAAGUAAAGUCAUGCUGUCAGCAUCGUCAUACUGGUAUGAAGUGGAACAGUACGAUGAGGCGAACCCAUCGACUGCCGGUCAGAUUGGCACCGCGCCUCAUGACCGCGUGCGCCGGCGCAAGGGCGUCUAUACGAGAGACAAGAACAGACUGUUCCUUAAGCAGUUCGUGCAGCAGACUAAUGGCAUCAUAUGCAUUAAGCAAGCUGCAUUAGAAAAGUACAACAUUGCCAAAGUGAACUUUGAACAAAUAUUCACGGGCCCGCCCCCGGAUUUCCCCUCAUCCAAGAAGCUGAUGAAGACCAGCCUGUCCCCACCAACAUCUAAGAACCAGACUAAGCCCAACUCUGCUUCCAAGCUUAAUAAAUCUGCUAAGAAACCAAGCCCAGACAAGAAGGGCCGGCAAGAAUCUAUGGACAAAUUCAUAAAGAAAACGGAUAAAUCUGAAGCAGCAACAGCGAAACCCAAACCUCAAGCGGAUCCGGCUGCUAAAAAGAGCGCCCAAGAACUAGCAGAGAAGAUGCGCCGCGCUGAAGACCAGAUGCGGCAGCGUAAGGAAGAAGAGAAGGCAAAGAAGAAGGAGAAAGCCGCGCGUCUGCAGGCCUAUCUCAAGGAGUGGCAGAAGGUCAAAGAAGAUCUUGAUCUAGAAGAUCAUAAGGUAUUACCUCAAGGAACAUCAAUAAAUAUCGAGGGUAUUCCCCAAGCACAUUUCGGGGAUUUCCUGUCCGUGUUAGAAUUCGUCCACGUUUACUCGGACGUGUUGAAGACCAAGGAUGUGUUCCACAACGAGCUGGACCUGGAGACGUUCAGAAAGAGCCUCACGCAGAAGGAGCACGCUGGAGUGUUUAGUGACCUGGUGCAGAUGCUCCUUACCACCAUAUUUUCCUUGCAAGAAGACGAAGCGGAGGAGCACAACGAAAGUGGAGGCAUUCAGGAGUCUACUGAAAUGCAAGAGGUGGAGACUGACAUGGGCAUGGCCCAAGCAAUGGAGCUGGCCACCAAGGCCAGUAAAUGGUCGCAGACCUACCUCGGCACGCCUCUUAGCAAGCUGCCCCUGGACCCCACCACAGUCAGCGAAGUGCUCAGAUUGCACCUGCUAGCGUCAGGCGGGGCGGCCGGCACUCGUUGCGCUACCUGGAGAUACCACCAACGAGGCGGGUACUCCAGCAGGGACGACCCCGGCCUGAGGCUGCGGAUAUCACACCCCAGGCUACUGCGGGCCCUGCACGCCAGGCACGUGGCCGACCUGCAACUAGAGGACAAAUUCCUAGUUCUGCAGUGCUUGAUGAAUCAAAUAUUGAGCUAUGCGACAGUCCGCGACAUCAUUGAAGAAAAACUCGACGAGUUGAGGAACACAAAACAGGCACUGAGGAUGCUUACGAUCAAUGAACGCAAACGUGAAAUGCAAGUCGCAGCGGCGCGACAGGAGAUUAAGAAAGAAGCCGCUGCUAAGAAAGAAGAGCUCAAACUCACGGGAGAUAAGGCCAAAGCUCUGGACGAAGAGGCCAAAGCGUCCAUAGAGAAACUCGCCAAAGAGAGUGAGCUCAAGAAACAAGAGUAUGAGAAGAAGCAGAAGGAAUUGCAAGGAGAGCUUUUUGAUUAUAUGUCUUACCUUGGGUCGGAUCGCGCGUUCCGCCGCUACUGGGUCAACCAGCGGGUGGCGGGCAUCUUCGUAGAGGCCGGCGCCGAACCACGCGGGCCCUGCCGGCACAAACCCGUGCCGCCCGCGCCGUCCCACGCCUCGCCCGCACGCGACCCGCUCGCCUACGUGGCGCGCCUGCUGGACACGGAGCGAGCGAGCAGCGACAAAGAGAACGAUUCGGGCCCCAAUUCCCGCGGGAGCUCCCCCAAGAAGCCGCUGGCGAGUCUCAACGGGCUCAACCACAAGCUCAAUGGGAUCGACAACACCCCGCAUCUUCGGGAACUGCUGGUCUGCACCGGCGACAUCUCCACGUGUCUAGCGCACGGAAAGGGCGAUCGUCCCAACUGGGUGGUGUACCACACUGAAGAACAGCUGGAGGGGCUGAUCCAAGCCUUGAACAAGCGCGGGCUGCGAGAGGCCGAGCUCAGGCAAGCGCUGGAAGUGGACAAACUCAGCCUUAGAGACUACAUCGCCAAGUGUCCGCUGCAUCUGCUGGAACCUUCUGCUGCCCCGCCCCCGCCCGUGCAUCAAACCCGCCACAAGAAGGUGCAAGUCUCCCUCCACGUGCCGGCAGAUUGCUCGCUGAGCGAAGCACUAGAACUGUCUCUACGGGACCACAUCCUGGAGCUCGAAGAGAAGAUCUUCCACGGUUGCCUAGGAGUGCUGAAAGUCAAGGAUCGCGAAGCGUGGCGUGGAACAUUGAUGCUGCGGGGAUACGACAAACAGGCAGACUAUCUCACAUGGGGACCUGCACAUAAAUACAGAGAUGACUGCCAUCUGCCAAACGGAGAGCUGCGUCUGCCGCACGGUUUAGACACAUCUGAGACUCCAAUAGCCGAGAACAAAUACCGAGACCCCGGGUACUAUUUGGAGCCGGUCCGAGUGAAUGGGACCACUGGGCCCGGGCCGGACGCGGACAAGGGGGCCGUGCCGAGCGUAGUACGCGGCCUCGCCAGCGCCUUACUGCAAGUGGAGCAAGCUAUACACCACAAAUACAUCAAGAGGCCGCUAGGACUGGAUGAUAAAGAGCGAAAAGACCGUGAAGCCAGAAACAAGCCUAUGGACCUAGAAGCACUGGAGCGUUGGGAAGUCUCACUCAUGGAAUGUCGAAGUUUUGCACAGGUGGUGCUACACCUAUUCACAUUGGAUUCGUCCGUCGCGUGGUCCGCGUCCAUAUUGAACGCUAGCUGCCGUCUGUGUCGUCGUAAGACCGAUCCCGACAAUAUGCUGCUAUGCGACGGGUGUAACAAGGGGCACCAUCUCUACUGCCUCAAACCCAAGCUGACGAAAGUACCUGACGGCGAUUGGUUUUGUGAACAAUGCAAACCCAAAGAAAGAACACCUAGGAAGAAAAGGAAAUUGUUCUCCGACGACGAAAUAGAAGAUGUACUUGAUGAUGACAGCGAAAGCGGUUCGGAGUCCGGAUCGGUGGACGUCGGCGUCUGCGGCGAAUGCGGCAGCGGCGGGCGGCUCGCGUGCUGCUGCAGCGGAUGCGGCGCCAGGUACCACCUCGAGUGCAGCCGGCCCCGCCCCGCGCGCACCUCGCGCCGCUGGCUGUGCGCCGCCUGUCUGCAGCCCGCGCGAGAAGCAAGCGGACGACGCUGCGCGGCCGCGGCACUCACUACAAUCCACGAGUACACCCGCGCGCUGCACGCCAGCAACGAUGACGAAUCGGACGACAGUGAAUACAACACGGCAUUAGUGAAGCUGAAAUCUCGAGGCUCGCGGCAGAACAGCCGGUCGCCGCUGCCACAACUCAAGAAGUCGAGAAGAUCUAAAGAUGAGACGGCCAACACCAGCAGUAGUUCUAGGAAAUCGAAAAAUUCUCUCACAAACGGCGUUCACGAGGGUCGCGGUCGCAGAAAGGCAGCCGGGGUGCAGCUACAUUUGGACGAGAUGCAGCAGGUGAUGCGAGAUGCCAUGAAACACAAGGACUGCUGGCCCUUCUACGAGCCCGUGUCCACACAAGAGGUGCCGGACUACUUAGACGUGAUCGAUCGACCGAUGGACUUCACCACGAUCUCAGAGAAACUGGCGGCUGAAGAAUAUACUACAGAUGUAGACGUUCUGGCCGACAUCGCGCAAGUGUUCCUCAACUGCUAUACUUACAACAAGGACACGCAUCCCGUCGCCAAAGCCGGUGCCCGCCUAGAGAAGUAUAUAAACAAGCGCUGCGCGGAAUUAGAGCUGCCUUCCUUACCGGAGAUGGAGCUGGGGACCGACGGAGACUCCAGCGCCUCCAAGCGGGGUUCCUCCACGCCCUCCGGGGCUCCGCCUUCCAAACGGGCCAAGCUCAAGUGAUGCCCAGCACCGCCUUCGAGGCUGAGACAAUAUCUCCUAUAUUAACGAUUGCCCGUUCCAAUAUUAACAAGUGUCGUGUGAAACUAAUAGUGCUUAGUGUCCAGAAAUAACUACGCAGACGUGAAAACUUACGAGAAAUCCAAACCAUAGACAGAAUGGAUUGAGAAGUUAACUACUUGUUGAUCACUCUCAGUAAAAAGACAGAAAGUGGUAUUCCCUCGACUAAAGGGCAGAAAAGGCCCCCAAUAAUAAUUACGCAGACGUGUCAAUCUUACCGGACAUAUACACAAUAUAUAUAUAUGUAUAUAUAGAGAAUGGACGGACCAAAUACCGGCUUUACACUCUAUAAAAAGAGAUAUUGUGCAACCAAUGGGUAAAAAAGUGUGAAAACAUUUGAAUUUAUCUUACAACUGGCUAAGGAAUGGCUCAGUCCAUUCUUUCUAUGUGUAUCUAAUAUACAACAUCAUUAAGUAACGUAUCUCUUGAAAAAUUAUAACCAUGUGUAAAUGAAGUGUUUGUGAAAAUUACCAAUUAUAAUUAAGAUUUAAUUAAACACCUCGCAAUUUUACCUUUCAAAAACGUUUAGUUGUGUCGAUGUUGACACAUUACUGUGCAUUAAAGUGAUUGUGGACUGGAAAGUGUCUUACCUGAUUGUGAACCAAAUAUACUGUAGUGAUACCGACUUUUUUAGUACAUGCGUUUAGUACCUAAUUAGUGUUUAUUGUAAUUUGGUAUUGUGACCGAAGAUGGAGCUGCGGCGCUGGCGCCCGUCAAACGCUGUGUCGAUUACCGACUAACCAUGAUUGUGGUAAUUUACGGGAUUGAUAUCAUGUACCUUGUUUUUAGUGAGUCGCUGAUAAUAAGUUAGUCCGUGAUCAUGGCGCUUGCAACA